AUGACCGAUACCAAGGCAGAAAUCAAGUCGUCCUAUGUCCACGGAACGGACAUUACGCCCGAUGAAUAUGAACGCCUCGACACCAUGAACAAUGGGCUACGUGCCUACCUGGGAGGUCUUACAUUUGCUCCGCUCCCAGAGAACCCCAAGCGAAUCCUGGAUGUAGGCUCUGGCUCCGGUGCUUGGGCUAUACAAGCCGCUCAGCAGUUCCCGGAUGCCGAUGUCCUAGCGAUCGACAUCAACCCGCUCCCUAACCGAGCGCUCCCGGCCAAUCUCAAAUUCAAACAAGUGGACGUACUCCAAGACCCAAUCCCCCUCGAUGUCAACAGUUUUGACAUCAUCCACGUCAGAUUCGUUCUCCUUCACCUUCCCCACGGCCACACCGUCCUGCCCAAACUGGCCUCCCUCCUCGCGCCCUCCGGCUACCUCCUCAUCGACGAAUUCCACGCUCGAGACCUCGAGAUCGACACCGAUUCGGACAGUAUCCAGCUCGGAAACGUUCCCGGGAUCAAGAGGGCCUUGAAGAGCUGGAAGGGAUAUAUGCGCUUCAAUGGACAGGAUCCGGCUAUUGGACCAAAGUUGGAAGGGUAUCUUGGAGAUUUGAGGGUGUUCGAGGAGAUCAAGGUCGACAAAGUAGAUGUCCCGUUCAGGCCUCGGCCUACCGAACCAAAGUUGAAGGCACUGAGCGAGACGCUCCAGACGGCGAUGAAUCGUUCUUUCACGGGAACCACUUCUCCGGAGGCUGAGGCCUUUGGGCAUACCGACGAGGUGAAGAAGGGAUGGACCGAUGAGAUUGGCAGGGAUGAUUUGGAGUGGAAGUAUGCGGUGGAGGUCUACUUUGUUUGGGCGAGGAAGGCGGCGGGAAGUGGGGUUGAUGCUGUUAGUGCGAAGAGCCUCUGA